AUGUGCCACGUUGGAGACAUUCUCUGCUUCUUUUGCGACACGAAAAUAGCCACGAACGCCCUCAUUCAGCGGUGCGAGGCCUAUGCUCUCAAGUGUUUUGGGCUCCAUGAGAUCGAGAAAGAGGAGAUCCAGACUCAUUGGCAAGACUUUUCUUGUUUUCUACCACGCGAUACUCCUGUUCCGGUCUUCGAUUACGAGGAGUGCCCCUUCAAGCGCGUCGGGUCAUUUAAGGUCUACGACUACCCUUGCCCUAACCCAGCUUGCAAAAAGAGACUCACACAGCCUUCGGUCAACAAGAUCCCCAGAACGACCCUUCGAGACUGUGAUUGGGUUUCCAACUUCUACGCGUCUGGUCUCAUGCCCAUUGUUCAGUGGUUCAACACGUACCUCGCGAACUGUAACGAGAGGAACACUAUCCAUCGACAGCUCAUUGCUCCACACGCGGUGAAUCCUCACAUGACUUCUUUGACGGAUAGCGGAGAGAUCAGCUUCGAUUUCGAGGACGUCACUUUCUGCGGCGAUGAGGAUGAACAGGCAGAACUCGCUUCUGUAGUUCCUCCUCAAGCUGCAACAGUACUAGUCACUCCUGACCCUCCGAUAUUCCACCCGCAGCAGCAGGCCAAGAAGGCCCCGCGUCAGCCUCCCCUGCCCAUCGCCAUUCCACGCGUACCUCUGAUGGGUAAUUCAAUCUUGGUCUCAGGGGAUGUUCAGAGUUUCUCCCAGAAUCUUCGCGCUCGUGGUUCUGGGGCUGGGCGUGUCACCGCUUGCACUGCCCACAGCGGAACAAGCAAUGCCACCGUUGUUACCAGUGCGCGUAACUAUGAGAGCCCUAGCAAGGAUGGCAGAAAACUACCAGAGCAAGAGAGGCCGCACCUCUCAGCAACGUCCCAGGGUUCUGUCAGCUGCUCGAUGGCCCCGACCCAGAGCAACAAAGGCUUCAUCAACGACCCUCCAGCGCAGGGUCACGCUACCACGAGUAAAAUCCACGAUUCUCCUAUUAAGCCACCCAGGUUCCACCAAGGAUCGACCCAAGUCAUCAACUACCAGCCUCAGCAUCUUCAGGGAAUUUCGCUUCAGCACGAUCGUGCCUCGCACCAUGGCUGCAACUCGUCGCCUGCCGGGGCUCAUCCUGCCAUGAACCUCGACGGACAGCAGCAUAGCAACGAGUUCUUCUGCCAUGGAGGGUUAGCAAACAAAUACAAUGGCCAUCCGGAGGGGGGUUUCAUGGACAACCCUAUUCAGCAUAAUUUCCCAACCGGAGGGGAACAAAAUGUGCCUCAUGACGCGGCCAAUCCGAUUAGCAUGGAUACCACCAACUCCGACAUCGCUAUUGACCCCCGCCUCUGGGAGGCUAGUCGGGUUGCGUACUUGAACGACACCACCGAUGCUCAACUCGCCAGCAUGGGCUUCGUCCGUGCCAAUGCUCUUCCCACCCCACAGUCCGCGGAACGGUUGGCCGCCAACACGUCUCAGUAUCCCGAAUCCAACGUGGGCACCUGGGUUCAGCAGAACUCCCCGACUUACGGUUCAAGCAGCAGCGGUGGUUGUAUCUCGCCCUUCAAAGGCCAUCACAUCGGCACUGCGCGAGGCGAUAUCGAUGACCAUGCGUGGGACACGGUUGACCUGGGCAACAAACAACAGCCCAGCCGUCGCACCAGCAAGAAGCGAAAGAGCAGCAAGGCGAGCUGCCUCGAUCUUUAUGGCCCCACGACUGAACAGCCUCCGCCCAUUAUGACAGAGGCUAUGCGCGAGGCUCUCGUUUCCCAAGGCAGCGGUGGUGCUAUGGCUCCUAUUGAACACACGGCGGAGCCGAUUGCUGCUGCUGAGGGGUCCAUCGUGGAGAAUCGGGCGCAAAUGGAGAGAAUGGAGCUCGUCAGAAUGAUUCAGGAGGAACAGAGGAAGUUUCAGGAACAGCAAAAGGCUGAUUGGGAGGCGUUCGAAUUGCGUAUACAGCAUAUCCUGCAGGGACACGGUGGUCAGUGA